AUGACCAACCCACGCAAGAAAGCCUUCGCGAAACGAUCUCGUACGGGUUGUCGUACUUGUCGUGCUCGUCGCGUCAAGUGCGAUGAAACACCUGUGGCCUGCAACAAUUGCACCAUUUCUGGUAUGGCUUGCGACGGAUACGAUGUACACAGACUUAUCCCCGGGGGUGGUCGACGUAAGACUGGAAAUCUUGUUCCAAUCUUCACUAUUCCCGCCGACAUGGCCCGCAAGCUGCAGUGGACGACUACCUCGGACGAGCGCCGAUGCCUGUCGUUCUUUCAACAUAGAUCGGUAGAGCACUUGGUCGGCUUUUAUGAUUCACCUCUGUGGCAGCAGGUGAUCUUCCGCCUAUGCUACCAAGAGCCCGCCAUCUAUCACGCGGUUAUUGCUCUGGGGGCCGUCAACCAGGCCAACGAGAUCGCAGGCUGUAUUCCCCGCGCGGGACAGAGUACUGCGCAUCUGCAGAAUACAUGGUACCAGUUUGCGCUUGAACAGUCUGGACGGGGACUGCAGAUUCUACACGUGAUGAAGAUCCAGCGGCAAACUACGGGGCUGGAGCUUAGCCAAGAGACCGUCUUCGGUGGGCCAUCCGGCCCCAGGUUCUCGGUGGAAAAAUGCGUGGUGGAGAUGUUUCUGAAGCUUCAGGAAUCGUCCGUUUUUUAUGGCACCGAGAAUCCGGUGGACUUUGACAGCCACUUCGUAUUCGGACAACCGUACGAAAAGUACAUGCAGCAUUUUCAAAGUCUGGGACAUGCAAAACAGGUUUUGAAGCCUUUGACCCAGGCCAACUUCCUCUUUACCGCGCUUUAUCUCAAGGCAUCGGAUAACUACAUUCGAGAGGACUACGCAUCCUUACAACAUCGCCAACUGCUGUUACUCUCAUACUUCCACCGAUUUCUAUGCCAAUUCGAGAUCUUCUGCGCACAGGAAUAUCCAUACAGCGCAGAUGGCACAUCUCGACUCAACAAAGGACAACGCGAGGCGGAGUUAAUUAAGCUCAGUUGCCGACAGGGCAUCCUCGCCUCGAAGGUGGCUCUCUACUACAAAAGUGAACUGUGGCCCGAGAGUCUGACUCAUGAAUGCGAAGCCCUGAUCAUCGCAUCGGAAACCGCAAUGGCCAAAUUUGGCGGUGAGUAUCCGGCCGUGACAGCGGAUCUGGCAAUCAUGCCAGCGUUGAAUAUCAGCAUCUUCCGAUGUCCGGACUACGGCGUCCGCGCGCGGGGGAUUGCGGCCAUUCGCUCCUGGCGGUCGGAGGAAGGGUUCAUGAGCGCUACCCUGACAUCGGAUAUUAUGGAAGAAGGUAUGAAGAAGGAGUUGCAGUCCAUUUAUGAUAAGGCGGAGCCAUGGCCCCGAGGAGUGGUAUUUGUGGAGGACGACGGUCUGGUGACGGCGCGGGUGUCGUACUGGGUGGGCGCUGAGGAGAAGCAACACUGUCUACCGCUGAGGCGGAAUGAGAUUUUGCAAGCCGAUUUGAUUGCGAUCGAGAAUGCCAAAUAUUGGCCGUGUGUUCGCAUGUGGGGAUUGCUCGACGAUGUAAAGUUGUGA